CAGUGGAGCUGGCCUCGGCACCGGGAGAGGCUGGACUUCCCGUCUCUCUGUGCUGAAUGGCUGCGAUGGCGCCCGCUCUCACUGACGCAGCAGCUGAAGCUCACCACAUCCGAUUCAAGCUGGCUCCCCCGUCCUCCACCUUGUCGCCUGGCAGUGCCGAGAGCAACGGCAACGCCAACAACAUCCUCCUGGCUGCCAACGGCACCAAAAGGAAAGCCAUUGCUCCGGAGGAUUCCAGUUUAGAUUUCCGAAACAACCCUACGAAGGAAGAGCUGGGCAAGCUGCAGCCACUAGUGGCCUCUUAUCUCUGCUCGGAUGUAACAUCUGUUUCUUCAAAAGAGCCUCUGAAGCUGCAAGGAGUCUUCAACAAGCAGACAGUCCUUAAAUCUCACUCUCUCUUAUCUCAGUCCUUCUUGAAAACAAGUGAUCUGUUGGGGAGGCAACCAGUGUUGGAAUUCACUUUGGAGAAUCUAAAAACAAUGAGUACUAAUAGCCAGCCACCUCUCCCGCAAGCGCCUGUGAAUGGCUUGGCCAAGAAAUUGGCCAAAAGUACCAAUUCAGACCACGAAAACUCUAGUUCCCUGAAUGGUGGGAAGUGUGCUCCUCCUUCUGCUGCCCUCCAGGGUGUUGACUAUAAUGCAGGAGGUUCCGAAUUGGGGGACUUGAAGACCGGGUUGACCAAUUGCACUCUUCCACAUAGAAGCCUUGAUGCAGAGCACACAACUCCGUUUAGCAAUAAUAGCACUGCAAACAAAUCUUCCCUCAAUUCCAUGGAGCAACAGCGGGUGCUCGAGGGUGGCAGUGGAGAGACGAGGUUGCCCGGUGUGGCUAGUCACUCUGACUUUGGGAGCAGUAAGUUGGAGGAGCAGAAGCCCUCUCUGUCGGCCUGUCACUACAGUGCUCUCGACUCCGAGAUGAGGACGAGGGCAUUGCUGCGGCGGCAGGUGGACAUUGAGAACCGUGCCCGCAGGCUGCAGAAGCGCUUGCAGGUGGUGCAGGCAAAGCAGGUGGAGAGACACAUCCAGCAGCAGUUGGGUGGCUUUUUGGAGAAAACUCUGAGCAAGCUUCCAACUUUGGACCCCCUGAGGCAUCGGAGCCAGCUGAUGUUGACCAGAAAAGCAGAAGCAGCCUUGAGGAAAGCUGCGAGUGAGACAGUUACUUCAGAAGGCCUAAGCAGCUUCUUGAAGAGCGAUUCGAUAUCGGAAGAACUGGAGAGAUUCACGGCCAGUGGUAUGGCCAACUUGAGAUCCAGUGAACAAGCGUUUGACUCGGAUGUCACUGACAGCAGCUCGGGAGGAGAGUCUGACGUCGAAGAAGAGGAACUGACCAAAGCAGACCCAGAACAACCCCACGUACCACUGAGGCGAAGGGCAGAGUGGAGAUGGGCAGCAGACCGUGCAGCCAUCGUCAGUCGCUGGAAUUGGCUCCAAGCCCACGUCUCAGACCUGGAAUACCGAAUCCGGCAGCAGACGGACAUUUACAAGCAGAUUAGAGCCAAUAAGGGGCUGAUAGUUCUUGGUGAAGCAUCACCCCCUGAUCCUGCAGUAGAUGAUGCGUCCCGUCCCGUUAGUGCUGAAGUUAAGCUGGAGCCUGGGGCUGACCGGCUGAGUGUUUCUGGAUCCCAGCCACUAGAGAACUUGGGUAUUUCCGCUGCAAAUACUCCUGAAUCCCAUCCUGUCAAGCCCUGUGGAGCACCAAGACCCGUCAAUGGAGUUAUUAACACUCUUCAGCCUGGCCUGGCAGAACAUGCUCAGGGAGAUGGCCAGGAAGCUGAGGAGCUCUUGCAUAAAAGGCAACGACUGAACAUGGUUUCUUCAUCUUCGGAUGGAACGUGUGUAGCAGCUCGCACUCGCCCGGUACUGAGCUGUAAGAAGCGACGGCUCGUUCGACCGAGCAGCAUCAUGCCCCUUUCCAAAAAGGUCCAUCGUAAUAACCUGGUGCGAUGUAGCUGUGAUGUGAACCCUUCAUGUGCUCUGUGUGGCACCCGAAGCUCAACGACUCUGGAAAUCCAGUAUGAUGCCCCUUUGCUGGAGCGCCUCUCCCAACUGGACUCAUGUAUUCAUCCUGUCCUGUCAUUCCCAGAUGAUGUGCCGACGAGCCUGCACUUCCAGAGCAUGUUGAAAUCUCAGUGGCAGAACAAACCCUACGAGAAAAUUAAACCUCCCAAAAAGCUCUCGCUCAAGCACAGAGCCCCCCUGCCUACCAGCAGCCUGUCUGACCCUGCUCGCAAGGACCGCCACAAGCUGGUGAACUCCUUCUUCACCGCAGCCAAGCGCUCACAUCAAAAAUCCCAACCAGACAAGGCACACGGGCCGCCUUUAGACGAUUUUACGGCCGUGUCCCGGGCCGAGAGAGCGCCAGAGCGCUCGCUUGUCCAGCCUCCUGCCCAUGACAAAAAGCGAUGGCGAGACUGCUCGUCUGAGAGGAGUGAAGUGUUGAAGCACCACGCGGACGUCGGUGGCCCAAGCUACUUGUCAGCAGCUGCGACCCCCACACCUCACAGCCCGAUAGCACGGCAGCUGUCCACCUCCUCGGAGGGCUCCGCGCCAGCCAGCACGAGUUCACAGGGCACCUCCAGCACAGCUCAGCCAAGGAGGAGGAGAGGCGAAAGUUCAUUCGAUAUUAACAACAUUGUCAUCCCGAUGUCUGUUGCUGCAACGACUCGUGUGGAGAAACUGCAGUACAAGGAGAUCCUCACGCCCAGCUGGCGUGAAGUGGAUAUCAGCGCUCUGAAAGCGAACCCUGAUGAAGACAACGAGGAGAUCGAGGACUUGUCUGAUUCGGCCUUCGCUGCUCGGCACGGCAAGUGUGAAGAGAUGGAGCGAGCCCGGUGGCUUUGGAGCACCAGUGUCGUUCCCAAGAGACAGCACUCACGGUCUUACAGAUCGACGGACGGACGGACGACCCCGCAGCUGGGGAACCCCUCGACUCCGCAGCCGGCAUCGCCCGAGGGGGGCAACUGCCACUCCCACUUGGAGCUGUCCCACACGCAGCAGGAUGCUUUUCCAGUGGUUGGCUCAGUUCUCGGGGGGAACAUAUGAGCUUUUCCGGAGGAUUUUCCAUAGCCUGGUGUCUCUUCCCUUUAGGCUGUGCAGCCCUGGGAGCGACGCACCUUCCCGCUCUCGUACAAUCCCAGGACAGAGUGCGAGGACCAAUCUGACCCCCAAGACCGGUUGUCACGCUGCACCCGGCGCACGUCGGGCAGUAAAUCCUCCCGGGAGACCGAUGGCACUUCCGCUUUGCCCAACCUGGCCAGCCUCAAGAGCCGAACCCCCCUGGCGACACCCUCCUCCUCCUCCUCCUCC